UGUACGUAUCAAAGAUUACUGCACAAGAAAAUGAUUUUUUGAAACGAAGCUAGAAUUUGUAUUUUAUAAAAAGAGAGAAGUGAAGAAUUGGAGCCGUUUUAAGAGAAACGACGUUCACGAAGGAACGGAAUAAAGUAGUACUCCUUUUGUUUCUGUGGUGUAUAUAAUGGUUAUUUGCAAAUAUUAUCGACAAGGCAAUUGUCGUUACGGUCAAUAUUGCCAAUUCGAACACAUAAAUCAUUUCGCGGGCAAUACUAAAACCGAGGAUGAUAUCGUUAUUCUGGUGGCGAAGGAAGUACUUCUUGCCGAGAGAGGCGGCCAGUGGUUGCUGUCUUGCUUUGCCCCACUCAAAGAACGUCCCUGUAUCCCAGGGAUGGAGGAUUUAUCUCCGGAGGAAGUUCGAUGGGAGAUAUAUAAUGCACAGAAAAAUGGCAUGGUUGAACAAGCGAAACUACACUUUCAACAAUUGUGUCAAGACAUGAAGGCGAAAAGGGAAGUGCUGAAAAAUCCUACACGAGAAACAAUGACGUUGCUGAAAAAAAUUUUAGGAAGUGGUCAAAAAGCUCCUCAGCUGAGCUUAGUCAAUAACACGUCGACUAAUAACGUGUUUGGAAAUACAACGUACAAUGUGCAGAAUAAUAAUCCAUUUGGUGGAUUCGCCUCCUCGAACAAUACAUCGUCAAUAUUUGGUAAGUCCAAUAAUAAUACAGCAUUUGGCAAUGCGACUUUCGGAAAUAAUCUCGGCGGAUUUGGUACUACAACGAGUGGUGCUGGCUCCAUUUUUGGAACAACGAGCACGUCGACAGCAUUCAGCGGUGUACAGAACAAUACAUCAGCAUUUGGAACGCAACAGACGAAUCCGAUCUUCGGCGGAUCACCUCAAAAUGUAUUCGGUCAAAACAAUGUAUUUGGCGGGACGAGCCAGCUUGGCAACGCGCCUACCACCUCGCUGUUCAAUAAUCCGAUGACUUCGCAAGCGAGCACUUCGCUGUUUGGCGGACCGACAACCACCACCUCGAAUUUGUUUGGUGGCUCGUCCACCGGAUUACAAACAAACCCGGUCUUUGGCGUCUCGACUACGUCAUCAUCCGGCUCCUUCAACAACGGGAUAUUCACUCAGCCAAAAACGCAAAUGCAUGCAUUCGGUGGAGCGCCAGUUUUCGCGGGAGUAACUACCAAUUAUGCCAACACUUCCACUGGCAAUUCGUUAUUUGGCGGCGGUCAAACGUUUGGCGCUCCCACAAACGGCAUCUUCGGUGUAUCCACGGCUGCUGCAACGCCAGGUUUUGGUGCGGCUGCCGCUAUCACCACGCCAGCUUUUUGUACGCCUAUCGUUGCCGCGACGACACCAGGUUUUGGUGCAUCCGUCGCUACCACGGCGCCAGCUUUUGAUCUAAAUCAACAAUCCAGCAAUAAUACCUUUGGAACGACCGUAUCCGCUCCCAAUGUCUUUGGUGUACAGAAUACCGACACCAUGUCGACAAGCAACACGCCAUUCGGUGCGCCGUCUGCCGCGAUCAGCGGCCCGUUCGUCACCACUAGCUCGCAACAAUUUGAUUCUACAAACACGAGCUCGUUUGCGGGAACAGGAUUCGGCGCGGCCAUCGCGAGUACAAAUAAUACAUUCGGCACCACAGAAACCUCUUCCAAUUCAUUAUUUGUGAAUGCGGGAACUACCUUCGCAACCUCCAACGGAACCAUUCCAAAUCCAUCACCAUUCUCCGCAUCGACAUUCGGCAGUAUCAAUACUUCCUCCCCGUUUGGUUCACCUGCUAGUACAACUGUUACAACAACGACACCCGCAAAUCCAUUUGCACCACGGCCACAACAAGACGCUUCACCGUUCGGAAACGUUGCGCAAAAUCAAUUAAACAUCAACGUUCCUCCUUUUGGAAAAUCAUCGUUUAAUACCGCUAUAACCAACAACAUCAUCGAUGACAGCGUUUAUAGUGUGGAUAGUGCAUUAACGGAUGAUGAGAAGAAUAUGUUCUUGGCUGAAAAAUUUAUCAUCGGCAAGAUACCACUCAAACCUCCUACUAAAGAUAUAAGAUGA